AUGUUUAUACCUGGGUCAAUUCCUGCAAAUACAAAUUUACCAAUAACAACAAUGAAUAAUAAUCUUCAUCAACAACAAUUUCUUUUUGAUAAUCUAAAAGAUCACCGUUCAAAUAAAUUAUCAUCAUCAAUGUCACGAAAAACAUCAUCAACACCAAAUUUUUCGCUUGAUCCUGAUUUAUUACGUGAAUUAAAUGCUCGAUAUUUACAUGAUAUAAAUGCAACACGAACAACUAAUACAACUAAUUCACCAAUAGAUGGUAAUGGACUUCCAGCAUUUCUUUUACCACCAUUUCUUCGUGCUGAACAUUAUCAUCAACAUACACAUACACAUGAACAUAAUUUAAAUAUUUUAACACCACCUAAUAAUUCAUUAUUAAAUGGAAAUCUUAAUAAUUCGAUCUUAGAUAAAUUAUCGAAAUCAGACAAUAGUCUUUCACCAUUUUUACGUACAACAGCUGUUAAUAAUUUUUCUCCAGCAUCACUUUUACCACCACCGCCGCCACCAAUGUUUCCACCAUUUAGUAUAAAUAAUAAUCCAACAACAACACCUUCUGUUAAUAAUAAUAAUAAUAAUAAUAAUAAUAAUAAUAAUAAUAACAAUAAUUCAACAAAAGAUAUUCCAUCACCUACCGCUAAAAAAUCUGCCAAAUGGUGUGCAGCACAUGUACGAAUAUCUUGGAUGAUUUAUCAUCAACAACAACGUUCGAAAGAUAAAUUAUCUCCAUCAGAUAAUAGAAAAGAUGAAGAACAACAACAACAGCAACAACAGCAACAGCAACAGCAACAACAAUCAUCAUUAAAUAAUAAAUUACCUGAUCUUAUUUCAAAUACAAAACCUCAUUUACCACCACCACCACCAUCAACCAGUGAUUUAUCUCUUCCAUUAACUUCAACAUAUCCAACUCCACAUUUACCUCCACCACCAUCAUUUAAUUAUCGAUCACCAUUUGAUUUUGCUGGUGUUAAUAAUGGACCAUUAGGUCGUAUACCUCCAUCACCAAGUAGUGCAUUUGGUGGUCUUGGUUCUUUAUUUCCUCCACCACCACCACCAUCUUCAUCGACAAAUGAUCGAAAAUCAGAUAUAAAUGGAUCAGUAGCAGCAGCUGCUGCCCUUGGUCUUGAUUGGUCACGAUUUCAUCGUGGUAUUGGACCAUCAUCAUUAAUUCCACCUUUAACACCAAUUUCAUCAACUAAUGAUAAUUUAUCAUUUAAAAAAUUCGAUGAAACAAAUAAUAGUAAUCAUGAAAAUAGAAAACGUUCUUCAUCUGUACUUAAUAAUGAUGAUGAUCGUCGUAAUUCUCAUCAUCAUUUAAUGCUUCCGCCAUCACAUUUAACAAAUAAUAAUUAUUCAUCAUCAUUAUCAUCAUCAAAUCGUUCUCGUUCACGUUCUCCACAUCCUUCUUUACAUCAUCAUUCAUCAUCAUCAUCGUCAUCAUCUAGUCUUUUAAAUAAAAAUUCAUCUUCCUCACCACCAUCAAUACAUUUAUCAUCAUCUUCACGUAAACGUAAUUCACCAAAUACAAAACCAAAUAUAUCAGAUACUUCGAAAAAUUCUUCACAUCCUUCUCUUCCUCCUCUACCACCACCACCGCCACCACCAACAGGAUUACCUCCAAUGCCUCUUCCGCCAACAUUUGGUUCUUUUGAUCCUUUAACAUUAUCAAUUAUUGAACGACAACGUUUAUCAGCUGCUUAUGCGUCAUUAUUUGCUGCUGCUACUGCAUCUCAACCAAAUAAUUAUUUUCCGUGUAAUAUUGAUCCAACAACAUAUCGUAAUAAUGGUUCAUCAAAUAUAUUUCCAAAUGUUGAUUCAUCAGCAAUGACAGCUGCUUUAAUGCAACGUGAACAUUUUCUUAAUUCAUUACGACAACAACAUGAACAUAUCCUUGAACGUGAACGUGAACGUGAACGUGCAACAUCUAUUAUAUCAUUAAAUAAAACAUUAAAAUCAUCAUCAACAAAAAUUGAACGAAUAUCACCAAAAACUAAUAAUGAUGAAAUACCAAGAAUAAGUCCAAAACUUGGAACGUCACCUGGAUCACAUUCUUCAACAUCAUCAUCAUCAUCAUCAGAAUCAUCAAAAAAAAUAAAACACGUUAAACGUGAUAAAGAAUCACCAUCACCAACUGUUCCUUCAACGACAAUGACAACGACAAAUACAGAAAUAAUAUUAAAAGAUGAAUUAAAUAAUAAUGAAUCAACUUCAUCACUUUCAACUACAACAUAA